AUGACGGUAGCUGAUGCGGUCGUCGCCGCUGAGCCCGCAGCACGACCGGGUGACGAUGGCAAGGACCUGCAGAACUGGUCAUCCCUCAUCGGCAUCAUCACCGCCAUCGUCGGUAACGUCCUCAUCGCCCUUGCCCUUAACGUCCAGCGCUACGCCCACCUUCGACUUCAUCGUGAACGCAUCCGGGUUCGGCGGAGGGCGAAAGAGGCUCUGAAGCAUGCGCCGAGCGGAGGUCGGACGGGACCUUACGGUUCCGUUGGCGGAGGUGGAAGAGGAGGAGAUACAGAUGGAGACCAACAAGAGAACGGGCAGAAUGCGGACCACCAUGCCGACGAAUCCGAGCCUCUAAGAACAUCUUUCCGAUCCGAGGACUCCGCUGGCUCCGACUACUCCGGCGACGAGGAGAAGGCCCCCUCCACGUACCUCCAGUCGCCUUACUGGUGGGCCGGUCAGAUCCUGAUCACGUUAGGCGAGCUGGGCAACUUUUUGGCGUACGGCUUCGCGCCCGCCUCCAUCGUGUCGCCUCUAGGCGUCGUCGCCCUGAUUUCAAACUGCAUCAUUGCGCCGAUACUGUUUAAUGAGAAGUUCAGGCGGCGCGACUUCGGGGGUGUUAUCAUCGCCGUGGCGGGGGUCGUCGUUGUGGUUUUGAGCGCCAAGCAGGAAGAGACAAAGCUCGACCCUGACGAUGUGUGGGAUGCGAUUACAACUUUGGCAUUUGAAAUAUACUUGGCGGUGACGAUUUCGUUGAUUGUCAUCCUCAUGUGGGCUAGCCCGAGGUAUGGCCACCGGACUAUCUUGAUCGAUCUGGGCCUGGUAGGGCUAUUUGGCGGCUUCACAGCUCUUUCGACCAAGGGCUUGUCUUCAAUAUUAUCGUCGACUCUCUUGGCCGCCUUCAAGACCCCUGUCGCAUGGGCACUCAUCUUCAUUCUGCUUUUCACAGCAGUCAUGCAAGUGCGCUACGUCAACAAGUCGCUCCAGAGAUUCAGCUCGACCCAGGUCAUCCCGAUCCAAUUCGUCCUCUUCACCCUCAGCGUCAUCGUUGGCAGUGCCGUUCUGUACCGUGACUUUGAGAGAACGUCAGUUGAGCAGGCCGCCAAAUUCAUUGGCGGUUGCUUACUCACCUUCUUCGGCGUGUUCCUCAUUACUAGCGGUCGAGUUGAGGAGGACAUGGAUGAUGGCAUAUCUGAUGUGGACGGCGUGGAGGAGACAAUUGGCCUAGCUGAGCAAGACGGCUACAGCCCGACGCAACCGCUCCCGCCUUCGUCCACCUCCAUUCCCUCGUCGAUCUCACGCCGGUCGUCUCGGGCCUCCAACGGAAACAACACGAAUAACGGGUCGAAGCCGUUCAGUUUUCAGCGAGACUCCGGCAUUCCAUCCCUUCGCGUUCCUACAGCCGCAUCAACGGGGAACAUUACUGGCGCCGAGGCGGAACCACUAUUGGCUAACCCGUGGAGCAAUUCGGCGGACGAAGUGCUUCCCCCGCCUGGCACGAGGACCAUAUCAGACGAGUCUGUCAACUCGUUCCCCGGCUUAGGCUUCUCGCCGUCAGAGCCAACAACACCCUUCUACGACGGGCACAUUCAACCUAGGUAUCCCACGAACCCCACAGACAGGCCCGUCACACCACGCACUUCACUACCGCCCCGACCUCACAGCCACAACUAUCCGGGGCCCCUCUUCUCCCCAUCCCCCCUCUCCUCUACCGUGAGCGCAGUCGUCAAGGACACUCUUCUGAGGAACGCAGAGAGUCCGCUUCUACGUAGGCCGUCAGUGCGUCGGCUGCGUUCCAGCAUCAGAGCCAGCCUCUUCAUGCCCGACAACAACAGCGAGGGCGGAGACGCCGACGCCGAGAGGCAGGAUCUGGUGAGCAGGGGAAACGACCAAGAUGGCGGCGUCGCAGAGCGCAGUCGCACGGCGGGCGAGGGCGCCUCUCGCGAACCACUGCCCGGGAGACCGCGGAGUCUGAGUGAUACGCUGGGCGAGUUUUUCAAGGUGAAAAAGAAGAGGAGGGACACCAACACGGACCCGGAAGAGGAGGCAUAA